AUGGAAGCAGUAAAUGAGUCAAGUUUAUGUUCAAUCUGCAAUAAACCUUCAGCAAGAUGCUUUUGUAUUGGAUGUAAAAAAUAUUUUUGUUCAAAGGAUUUCAAAGAACAUGAACAACAACUAUCGAUGAAAUUUGAUAAUGAAAUAGUAAGUUUUCACGAUGAACUUCUUGAUCAAGUACAAAAGCUAGAAAAAACAAAUUCUUUGUCAUUGGAUCUUUUUGAUCAAAUUGAACAAUGGAAAAAAACAACAGUCAAUAAAGUUGAAAAAGCAGCUGAAAAAGCUCAUCAUCAACUUAUCGAAUUAAUUGAUAAACAAAGAAUAACAAUAAUAAAACAACUCGAACCAAUUACAAAAGAAAUUUGUUCUCGUCGAGAAGAAGACAAUUUUGUUGAAAAUGAUAUUGAUCGACUUCGAAAAAAAAUCAAUGAAAUACAACAAAUACUUAAACCAUUUACUCAAAAAGAUGUAAAUAAAAGCAUCAUUGUUGAUAAUGAUCAAAUUGAUUGGAAUCAACUCAUCUACAUUCGAGAAGAACCACUGAACUGUGAGUAUAUUAAACUUAAGAUCUAG